GCUAGUCUGCAAAGAUAUGACUCGGUGGGUAGGCUGUGACUAUGAAGAAGUUUGAUAGUUGGUGUAUUCCACGAAUGCAAUUUUUCAGUUAAUCCGAAAUUAUUUUCUCCUCAAGCCCCCAUCUAAAUUUGAUUUCGGUAUUUGUUUCAAGUUUCCAUUCUAAUUUGCAACUAUCCGUUUUACUAAACUUGGCUUAAAACGAAUGUGCCGGCGAAGUAGGUAGAUCUCUUCAGCCAAUGUUGUCCUUCUUUGUUUACCGGUGACAUGUAGUUUGUUAUUUUUAAACCUGACAUGCCGGUGGUGUCUGUGGGUUUUUCUUGAUGAUAUUUUUCUUUCCUGUAUGGCGGUGUACAGUCUGUUUGAUUUCAACCGGACAUGACUGCGGUGGUUGUAGGUUCUUCUGGAUAUCGUCUUCCUUUUUCCUUGCAUGUCGGUAGGAAUCGUGAUGUAAGAUUUUAGCCUAACAUGACAGCGAUGUAGAUGAAUUCUAUUAGUUGGUUUUCUUCUUUGACGUAUUGUAAUCCUUCUUGUUCGUUGUUUUGAUUUGUAGGUUUUCAGUUUUGGUUGUGAUUCUGAUUUGUUGUAUGUUUCCAUUUCAUUUCUAUUGUUUAUUGGACUAUCUUCAUGAAUGCUGGGUUCAUAUGUUGCAGGCGCUGUCCUCGGUGGAUGGAUGGUGAUGUGGGCGGUCGGCGGUCCGGGCUGCUCUUCCACUCGGCGGGCAGCGUCCUUGGAUUCCUGGUGUCCGGCGCGCGGUGGUACGGGAUGUCCCUCUAUGCCCUGGAUGACGUCCUCAGCUUGGCGGGCGAUGUCGUCCGGCUCUUCUUGGCAUUCUGCGGGGUGCGGCGCGACUCCAGUCUUGACAUUCUCGGAUGAGGGUCCAGUCAAUGGCGGGAGCGGGUGCAUGGUUAUCAGUUAGCCGCUGGUUUUUUAUCCGAGCAACGGUGCGAGAAAUGGGAGUUCCUGUUUCUGAGACGUCAUCGACUGAGUGCUCUUCUGAUGU